AUGAUCCCCUUCAUUUUACUAACAUUUAUUGCCAACGCCAAUGGCCAACUACUUGAGAUCUUCGGAUUGUCAACAGGAGAUGCGGGAACAGUUGAAAGACAGCCGUUCCAUGACCUGGCGAGUCAAUCAGUUGGAUUGAUCAAUUACCUUCAAACUGUGCAGAAGAAUCCAAACAAUAAGUUGGAUAAGAAACUCAAAGAAGGGUUACCAAAAGUAAAUUUUAUCGAAGGGCUUCCAGUUCUGCCAGGAGUUGUUGGAAGUCUUCCAGGCGCUGGAUCAUGCCUUCCUCGCGGAUCUCCGCUUAUCAAAGACAAGUCACCAAGCUUCUUCCAAAAUAUGUUGCGUAAUAUCCCAGGCGCACAAGACUAUCUAGCCAGUUUGCUGCCGGCGCCAAAAGUCGACGUGAAAUCAUUAUACGGCAAAUUCCUAUGGGCGCUUGAUACCCCAUCCGUCCAUAAUAGAUUUUGUGCUGUCACUGAAUUUCUUCCACAGGCAGAAUCAGGAAAUAGUUCAGCAUUCAGCCUUCAAGAGAAAUUUCGCGCGGGAAGUGAAAACUCUGGCGAAAAAGUUGCGUUCGGGUAUGGUAUUAUUCACAAUGAACGCACAUAUGUGUACAUGCAGGAUGAUCCGUGCCCAUACCAAAUUGUACUCGUCGGACCGGUAAAUAAGCAAACAAAACAAUAUGAAUAUGUUAUUCUGUCGAAUUGGGCAAGAUUCCCUCUGAUUGGCCUUGUUCGCGAUCUUCGAGUCUUCUAUAACAAAUACAAGGAUCGGCUUGAAAACGAACUAUACAAAGAAGGAUUCAUGAACGAUAUGACCGGAAGUUCUACAAUUCACUAUGCCGACUGGUCGAAAUGCAGAAAGGCAUCACCAAUCAAUUACAUCACCAAUGUCCUAACCGAUCUCUUUGGGUAA